AUGAAAAAUUAUGUUAUAACGAAAUAUAGAUUUGUAAAUUUCGAGAAUGAAUUAUUGAGCAGUUUCGGCAGUGUUGUGUGCCAAUUUCAGGUCGGAAUUCUUGCCCAGGAAGCUCCCCGAAAAAUGAUUCCCUUCGGCGGUCCGCCAGGUUUUCCAUCAAUCAUGAACAUUCCACCAAACACCGCGCAAGCGCCGUAUUUGCAGCCUCAAGUUCUCAUGCCACCUAUUCAGCGAAGUAAUCCAAUGAUAACAGUAAAUGCGCCUCAACAGAUACAAAUGAAUGCGACAAGUUCUCCAUCUCCGAUUGCAGGAGCUCCUCGUCCGAUGCUCGUCCCACCACAAAUGGCUGCAGAAAUUGCUGCUGCUAAUGCCAGCAUACAUCGAUCACCCUCUACGGGAUCUGUUUGGUCUGAGCACACAGCUUCCGAUGGUCGUAUCUAUUAUUAUAAUAAAAUCACCAAGCAGUCUUCUUGGUUAAAACCAGAUGAAUUAAAAACGCCGGAAGAGAAGAAAGCUGCAUCGCUGAAACUUUGGCGUGAAUACAAAACGCCUGAAGGUCGACCAUAUUAUUAUAACGUUGAAACGAAAGAAACGACAUGGAUUUGUCCGAAAGAUUUUGAACCCUCUAAUAAAGAAGAAAAAAAAGAAAACACAGAAUCAAAAAUCGCAACGAUUCCAAAAGAAGAAAUGACAACAAAUCCUAAAACUGACAUAAUUGAAGCUGUGGGUGAAGACGAAGUGGAUGAAGAAAAGGAAUUAAAGAAAAAACAAGCCGAUAAAUUUCGUGAGCUACUUAGAGACAAGUAUAAUGAAGGGAAAAUUACUUCAACGAGCUCAUGGGAUAAUACCGUAAAAUAUAUUCAACACGAUCCGCGAUUUAGAAUUCUCAAUAAAGUUAGCGAAAAGAAGCAGUUGUUUAACGCUUGGAAAGUUCAAAGGCAAAAAGAAGAGCGGGACGAAAAGAGAAUAGCAAUAAAGAAGGCAAAAGAAGAGCUCGAACAGUGGUUACAGAAUCAUCCAAAAGUACGGGCAACGAUGCGAUAUUCAAAAGCAGAAUCGUUGUUUGCAAAUGAACCCGAAUGGAAAGCCGUUCAUGACAGCGAACGAAAAGAAAUAUUUCGAGAUGCUAUGGAAUUGAUCGAAAAACGUGAAAAGGAAAAUGCAAAAUCUAUUCGUCGUCGGAAUGUACAAGCAUUGGCUGAUAUACUGGAAGGAAUGGAAGAAAUUACUUAUAAAACAACGUGGGCACAAGCACAGCGACUUCUUAUAGAAAAUCCCGCUUUUGCCAACGAUAGCACUCUACAAAGCAUGGAUAAAGAGGAUGCACUUAUUGUUUUUGAGGAACACAUACGAACAGCUGAGAAACAUUAUUUGAAAGAAAAGGAUCUGGAAGAAAAGAGAAGACGAAGACAAGAACGAAAAAUACGCGAAGCUUUUCAGGCUUUUCUUGUGGAACUUCAUAAACGAGGCGAAUUAACGUCAAUGUCUUUGUGGAGUGAGCUCUAUCCAAUAAUUUCUUCGGAUGCACGUUUCGACAAUAUGUUAGAGCAAUCUGGUAGUACGCCGCUUGAUCUUUUCAAAUUCUAUGUAGAAGAUUUGAAAAGUCAAUUUGGUCAAGAUCGAAAAAUUAUUAAAGAAAUUUUAAAGGAUCGCAAUGUGACAGUCACUCUUGAUACGACUUUCGAUCAGUUGUGUAGAUGGGUCUCCAGUGAUGAACGUGGCAAAAAUGUUGAUCCAGGAAAUAUGAAAUUGUGUUAUAAUUCACUAAUGGAAAAAGCAGAAAAUAAAGAAAAAGAGCAAGAAAGAGAGGAAGCUAGAAGACGUCGGCGCCAAGAAGCAGCAUUUCGCAAGGUACUUAACUCAUUAUUGCCGCCAGUUGAACCUUCGUCAGAGUGGGCUGUAAUUCGGCCAAAAAUUGAAAAUGAGGAAGCUUUUCUUGCUGUGGAAAGCGAACAGUUGCGAGAAAAAUUUUUCUAUGAUUAUGUUGCCAAUUUAACUGAAGUAUGUGGGCAUUAUCAUGGUUCUGCUAAAAAGAAAAAAAAGGAUAAAAAAAAGCGCAAAAAUAAAGAUGAGAAGGAAGGCCUAAAAAGUCAAAAAGGAAGCGGCAUAAGUCAGAUAUCGGAAGCGCAGGAAAAAGAAGAAACGAUCAAGAUCGGAAUCAAGAACGAGGCAUCUCCAAGGAAAUCCAAAAUGAAGUUCGUGAGUCCGAAUGUACUUUCGUCACAAUAUCGAUCCAUAACCAUGUCAAAACAGACAAAAUUACCACUUGGGAUUGACUCAAAAAAGGUUAGUGGUGAACUAUUUACUUUAACAUAUGGUGCACUUGUUGCUGAAUUACUGAAAGAUCUAGAGAACCCGGCAGAGGUUAAUCGACAAUUAGAUAAAAUGGGAUACAAUAUUGGAUUAAGGCUUGCUGAUGAUCUUCUGGCAAAAAAUCCACAGAUCGGUAGAUGCACAGAUAUGCAUCAAGUCGCUGAUAUUUUGUCCAAAGUUGCUCUUCGUACUUAUCUUGGCGUAACCGCUCAUAUAACGAACUGGAGUGCAGGAAAUGAUGAAUUUUCAAUAAUUUUGGAUUCAAAUCCACUUACGGAAUUUGUCGAAGUCCCUUCUGAGUUGGCUCAGGAUCUGAGGUAUUCGCAAAUGAUUUGUGGUGCUAUCCGUGGCGCUUUGGAAAUGAUGCAUCUUGAAGUGCAGGCAGCGAUUGUUCAGGAAUUUAACCAGAAUACAGAAAUAAGAGUGAAGUUUAUUCGUAUAUUGCAUGAAUCGAUGCCUCCUGGUGAAGAAGAUUAA